AUGCUUUCUAUCACAGAUAGCUUAUCAGACCGCUGCCAGAAGCUUCAAGAUGUAAGCUACGUCAAUCUCGCGGUAUCGAUAUUAAUCCUUUUUAUGGUAUUCUUCCCGAGAACUCCAACCCUUCCUACCCUUGAUGAUAAUAAACAACAACAUACAUGGCGCACGGCUGUCACGGUAGCUUUGGUAUGCCUUUUUCAUGGCUUCAUCACCAUCGUUAUCAGUGUAUCGUUGGCACUCGGUCGUCCUAAUUCCCUUGGGGUAUGGGCCAACGCGUUGGGAAUUAUAGCUACAAUCCUAGCAGGCAUACAAUACCUACCUCAAAUAUGGUUGACAUAUAAUCUUGGCCAUAUUGGAAGCUUGAGUAUACCGAUGAUGUUGAUUCAAACUCCAGGCAGCUUUGUUUGGUCUGCAAGUCUUUUCGCUAGGUUGGGAGCAGGGGGUUGGAGUACAUGGGGUGUAUUCUUGGUUACAGGAUGCUUACAAGGAUGCUUGUUGGCAAUGGGAAUUUCGUUUGAACUAAAAGCUAGAAGAGAAAGACAGGGUAGUGAGGAUGCAGCUUCCAAUGGAAGAUGUAUUGUUGGAUAUAUUGCAGGCUCGCGAGAACACGAUACAGAUGAUGAGGGUGGAACCGCCGUUGAGAGUACACCGUUACUGUCCGAGUCGGGAUCAACAAGAAAGCCAACUACAAACUCUACUCGGAACUCUGCAUCUAGUUAG